UCCAUCAAUCAAUAAAAAGAUGAAGAUAAACACUAUUGUUUAUUACACACUAGGCUUAGGCAAUAACUAAAAUGAAAUAAUGAAUGGUGAAAACCAGAGAAUGAAAAAACUAAAUAGGAUGCUAAAUAAGUUCCAAUAUUUCACAAACUUAUCUUGUGGUAAGAAGACUUAAAAGAAUAGAAGUUUCUCUAGUCUAUUCGAAAUAUUAUUUUUUUUUAUUUAUCUGCUAUCCUACACAGCAUAAUCUAGAAAUAAGUAUUCAAGGAGGGAUUUCUUCUCUAAGUACAUGUUUUCAGAUAAAAUAUGAG